AUGCUCUCUAAUCCAAAUAAUUCCUUUGAUCAAAAUAUUUUACUAAACAAUACUUUGAAUAAUGUUCAGGAGGAACAAAGUUUUUCCCCACAAUCUAAUCCUAAUACACAAGUUCAUAAUAUACAAGUUCAUAAUUCUCCAAAUCUAAUUAAUAAUCCUCGCCUAACCAAAUGUAUCAAACGAACAACCUAUACAGAAGAAAUAACACUUUUAGAACCAUUA